AACUUUUUUCCUGGGAAACUGGAAAGGAAAUCAACGAGGAAAAUUCAGCUCGAAGAAGUGAUUAGAGUUUAGCAAUAAGGAUAACAAAUGGCGUGCAGGUCGGCUUUGCGUUCAGUGUUCGCAACAGAGCAACCAUGGAGACCAUUCCAACAGACUCGCCGUCUCUGCUGUUUCCCUCAGACGACGACAACCAUCGAGCGCAGAAAACCGAUUUGCGCCUUGUGCAGAAGUGUAAGAGCCCGUCGAUUUCACUCCGUCGUACCAUGCCGUUCGUAUUUCUCGAAUAACGGCGGCGUUCCUGUGCCGGAAGACGACGACCAGGAGCAGGGGCCGCCGCAAGAAGCCGUCUUGAAGGCUAUCUCAGAGCUAUCAAAAACAGAAGGGAGAGUCGGGCAAACUACGAAUGUGGUUAUUGGAGGGACAGUAGCUGAUGAUUCCUCGGAAGAAUGGCUUGAUUUAGAUAAGAAGGUAAAUACAUAUCCUACGGUUAGAGGGUUUACUGCCAUUGGAACUGGAGGUGAUGAUUUUGUUCAAGCUAUGGUUGUUGCCGUGGAAUCUGUAAUCCAACAGCCUAUUCCCGAGGGUCGAGUGAGGCAGAAAGUAUCAUCAAGGGGCAAAUAUGUGUCUGUCAACAUUGGGCCGGUUCAAGUGGUUUCAAGUGAGCAGGUCCAAGCUGUAUACAAUGCCAUGCGCAGAGACGAUCGAAUGAAAUACUUUUUAUAGAUGUAAGCGGAAUCCAUUUUGUCCUUCUGUAUAGAAUGCUGAUCUCGUUGUGAUUCCCUUGAGAACUUAGUUGUUGUACCUUUUUUCCCAAGUUAGUACUGUUCUUUGUUCACCAGACCAGUUCUAUCAGUCACCAUCCAUUUGCAUAUCCUUCCGGCUCUUAGUUUCGAUAAUACAUCUCCCUCAUCUGACGGUUCCUCGCGUUUAGAGAAAUGGUUCCCGAUCGACUACAUUUCCCUACAUGAACUCCUUGCAACUUUCUCCAACAGUCAUUUAAUCGUGAAAUUCUUCAUUUUUGCUGAAAUAUGACUAUUAGACAACUCUUCUGGUUCUGAAUCACUUAUAAGCGCCCAUUGCAUAGUGCUUUUUGCUGCAAACUGCUAUCUGUUUUGCACUCGUAAUGCACAACUUGAGAUGAUUCCAUUGAAGUAGGUUGAGAUUAUCAUCAUCCCCAUUAGAAAGUGGGAGGAGAGCAAAUGUGUAUAAGUUAGGGGCAGCAGUUGGAAUAUGUUUGUUGUUAGAUUCUCCUUUGACAUGGUUCCAAAUAUAUAUGUUGGGGGAAUGAGCAUGGGCCGGCCUAGAAGGGAAAAGCCCAAAACAUGUUAUUAUGGACCGGAGGCGCGGGCCCAACCGAGAGGACUGAGAAAGCCCAUGGGGGCAGGAACCUUGGGCUGAAGGACGUCCGGGCUUAGGCUUGGGUGGCUGAGAUAGCGUGUGGGACAGGUGGGAUCGGGCACCUGGCGGAGGGCAUAUGAGACAAAGGCAGCCAACGGUCGGAAGUGUACGAAAAACCAGUGUUAUUAAAGCCCAGCCGAGCCGCUCGGCCCGACCGGUAAAACUGCCACCCGGUCACAAAAUCGGCUCGGAACAGUCUAAAAGCCGCUCCGGUUUUAUGUAGCGGUUGGCGAGCGGCCGAGGCGAUUAGCCGUUCGAGCCGAUCGAGCCGCUCGUCCGGUUUUUGCCAUUCAGCCAUUAAAUUUAAUUAAAAAAAUUGUAGAAAAUUGAAAAUUGAAAUAAACCAAAAACGUCGGGCUCUCAAAUUGAAUCCUUAUUUCCAUUUCACAAUUUCGAAGGAACGAGAUGAGCUCUGAUUAAGAAAUGCCCACUAUUUAUACUGAUAACAUUUAUUAGAUACCGGUUCUCUAACGAUUUUUAAACGGUCUAAUGCCGGUUGGACCACUAAAGUGCGAGAUGUUCGCAUUACCAGGUCAUGCUCCGGUUCGGUUCUGACAACAUUGCGAAAAACUGAUCAGGUGAUGUCAUGCGCCCCCAACCUUUGACCGAAGUGUCAGAUGGUCGAGGCGCAUGGGCUAGGGGUGUACGGCGCAUUUAUGGCGGGUCUGACACAGGGUGAGAGCGACGUGUACCGGUCGAUCUCGCCCCGGGUAUAAAUAGUCGAGUAGGUU